AUGAAUCACCAACGAUUUCCUUCGCAUGAGGUCAAGGAGCCGCAUUCAGUGUCGCUCAAGGUGUUGAGAUUAUCCCGACCCUCGCUGGUGCCGCAAUUCCCACUUCAUCCUCCACAUGGAGAAGAUGCCCACGAAGCUGAAAGCGCAGGUGGCGAAAGGACAAGAGAUGGAUACUACAACACCGAGCCCUUCAUCCUCUCUCCCAUUGUCAACCUCCCACCCUCGUUCGGGUCUGCCUACGUAGGCGAGACGUUCAGCUGCACCCUAUGCGCAAACCACAAUGCUCCGCCAAUCGGAGAGGGCGGCACCAGCGUGAAGAAGACGAUCCGCGACGUCAAGAUCGAAGCCGAGAUGCAGGCCCCUUCAGGGCAAACGACGAAACUAGUUCUGGGUGAUACGGCAGGAGAUGAUAACGCCGGGUCAGGCACCACUCUCCAAAAGAUCCUCAACUUCGGUCUCAAAGAGGAAGGAACCCACGUCCUGGGCGUCACGGUAUCGUACUACGAGGCUACCGAGACCAGCGGGCGCACAAGGGCGUUUCGGAAGAUGUACCAGUUCAUCUGCAAGCCGUCACUGAUUGUGAGAACGAAAGCCGGUCCUUUGCCUUCUUUGCCGCCUGUUAAAGCGGGGAAUGGAAAGAGGAGGAGGAGAUGGGUGCUGGAAGCACAGCUGGAAAAUUGCUCCGAAGAUGCGAUACUUCUAGAGAAGGCCGAGCUAGCAGAGGUACAGAGGGGGCUGAAGUGGAGGGAUUGUAAUUGGGCAGGGAUAGGGGUAGGGGUAGGUCCUCCUAGACGACCAUUUUUGCAACCGGGGGAGUCGGAGCAGCUGUGCUUCAUUAUCGAGGAGAAGGGUGGAGGAGAAGGAGACGGAGAUGAACAAGGGGAAGAAGGAAAGGCGGUUGAGGUCGAAGAGAAGAAUGGAAGAAUAGAUUUUGGAGUCAUGGCGCUGGCGUGGAGGACGGAGAUGGGUAAUAGGGGGUCGUUGUUAACGCUGAAACUGGGCACUAAGCAUGUCAAGCCUCGAUGAUAGUGAUAGCGGCAGUUGGCUGGCUGGCUGAGUGAGUGAGACAGACCGCGGGAUGAUGGUGUGGUGGGUGUGGUGUUUGAGAUAUAGUGUAGAGACUACUGCUAGCCUUUCCCGUCGAGUGAUUUGCAUCGAUUACAGAUCCUUUCUUGUCCCACCAUGAAUAGGUUGCUGCUGUAGAGGGGAAGGCGAAAAGACUGAUGAUGAGUGCUAUGCA